UUCUCCAAGCGGGUUGCUGGUGCUGUUACAGAGCUCAUCCAAUCAGCAGAAGCAAUGAAAGGGACAGAGUGGGUGGAUCCAGAAGACCCAACAGUCAUUGCAGAGACAGAGUUACUAGGGGCUGCAGCAUCAAUUGAGGCUGCAGCAAAGAAGUUAGAGCAGCUGAAACCAAGAGCCAAGCCAAAGCAAGCAGAUGAGACUCUGGAUUUCGAAGAACAGAUCCUGGAAGCAGCUAAAUCCAUUGCAGCUGCUACCAGUGCCCUUGUGAAGUCCGCUUCAGCAGCCCAGAGAGAACUGGUGGCACAGGGAAAGGUUGGAGCCAUCCCUGCAAAUGCAGCUGAUGAUGGACAGUGGUCGCAGGGACUUAUUUCCGCUGCCCGAAUGGUGGCAGCUGCAACCAGCAAUCUCUGUGAAGCAGCAAAUGCCUCGGUACAAGGCCACGCUAGUGAGGAGAAGCUCAUCUCAUCUGCCAAACAAGUGGCAGCUUCUACAGCGCAGUUGCUUGUGGCUUGCAAAGUGAAGGCUGAUCAUGACUCUGAAGCCAUGAGGAGGCUACAGGCUGCAGGAAAUGCUGUGAAGCGAGCAUCAGACAAUCUUGUGAGGGCGGCCCAGAAAGCAGCAUUUGGGAAAGCAGAGGAUGACGACGUUGUGGUUAAAACAAAGUUUGUGGGCGGCAUUGCUCAGAUCAUUGCAGCCCAAGAAGAAAUGCUGAAGAAGGAAAGAGAGUUGGAAGAGGCAAGGAAAAAACUGGCCCAGAUCCGUCAACAGCAAUACAAAUUUCUACCUACAGAGCUGAGAGAAGAUGAGGGUUAACCUGCUGAGAUUGUCUUUUUUUUUUUUUCCCUUUCUUUUUUUUUUUUUUCUCUUAAAGAAAUAAGCUAAAGGGGGGACAGUACAGUGAGAACUGCUUUGACAACAUUCUGGUAUGCCAAGCACUUACCUAAAUAAACUGCCUGUCAUAGCUUUGGAUGAGCAGAGGGCAAUAAACACUUGUUCUUUCUCAUCUGGUCAGCUGAGGUGCAUGAUGAUCAAAUAAUGGUACAGUGUUAGGUUCAUCAUUUCUGUUUCUUCCUCGACUUAUAUCUCAGGAGAGAAUGUUUCACUUUUUGUUAAAGAUACUAAGUCAGUAUUAUUG